AUGAUCGACCCUCAAGACAGAUUCUGGUCCGAAGGCCAGAACUACUGCGGCCCGCGCGAAAACCCCACUCCCAAAACUUAUUACAACGUCUGGGAUUGGGAUCAACUUCGGAUGGUCAAGGUCAAAGGCACCGCCAAACUAUUUCCGCCCGAAGAGGAUAGGGAGCUCUCAAUUUUGGCGCGAUUCGCUAAUUAUCUAUCGCCGGAAGUUCGCGCUAUCACAGUCGACGACGAUGGGCUCCUUACCGGGCUUCCGACAGAUCUGGAAGAGGAUUAUACUCUCUAUUUCUUACAUAUGUUCCUUUCUCGCUCUGUAGCUCGCUGGCCUAUGGCCGUACAAAUGGCCUGGGAUGAACUCAACAUUUUCAACAGUCUACCGCCACAUCCUAAUAUAAUACCAUUUGAUCGCGUUGUCGUCGAAGACCAGGAGUCUCGGGUGAUUGGGUUCACAACGAAGUACAUCCCAGGUGGAACUCUCGCCAAUCCAAAGAUCCUUUUUCGAUUCGAGUGGCUACAACAGGUUACUCAAGUCGUGGAUUUUCUAAACCUCGAGCUAGGGGUCAUGCAUCAAGAUAUCGCACCCUGCAAUCUGCUCAUCGAUCCUUACACACAAAAGAUCGUUCUCUUCGACUUUGAUCGGGCUACAUCCAGAAAGAAACGGCUAUACGAAGGUCGAGAUGACGUUACUAGUGUCGUCUUCACACUCUACGAACUUAUCACGAACGAUACGUGUAUCCCCCACUGGGAUCGACAUAUAGGCAUGGUGCAAAGUAUCUCAGAGUGGAUUGUUAAUCGCGAACUGGACUCUGACGUAUCAAAAUUUCGCAACUUUUUGAGCCAAUGGGUAGCAACACGAAGAUCCGACGGGGAUAUGGAACGAUAUCUCAACGCACCACACCGAUUUACAUGGCCGGACCUACCAACAGCGCCCGAUUACAAUGUACCAUUCGAGAUGGGCACAACCUAG